GCUGCUGAAAACUCACCAUCACACGUCUGUCCUGAAGCCACUUCACACAGGAGGCAAGAUCUUGCCUGUGACAGUGUGUUUGCCAACAUGGCCCCCAAAAAGAAGACUGUAAAAAAGAACAAAGGAGAUAUCAAUGAGUUGACCAUAAUCGUAGAAGAUAGCCCCCUAAACAAAUUAAAUGCUUUGAAUGGGCUCCUAGAGGGAGGCAAUGGACUUACGUGCAUUUCUUCUGAGCUAUCAGACGCUUCUUAUGGCCCCAACCUCUUAGAAGGCUUAAGCAGAAUGAGGCAGGAGAACUUCCUUUGCGACUUAGUCAUUGGCACCAAAACCAAAUCUUUUGAUGUUCACAAGUCAGUGAUGGCUUCAUGCAGUGAAUACUUUUACAACAUCCUAAAAAAAGACCCAUCUACCCAAAGGGUGGAUCUCAAUGAUGUCUCACCACUGGGCCUGGCUACUGUGAUCGCAUAUGCCUACACUGGAAAGCUGACUCUCUCCUUGUAUACAAUAGGAAGCAUUGUUUCUGCUGCUGUUUAUCUUCAGAUCCACACCCUUGUAAAGAUGUGCAGUGAUUUUCUGAUACGGGAGAUGAGUGUUGAGAAUUGCAUGUACGUUGCUAACAUUGCUGAAACAUACUCUUUGAAAAAUGCAAAAGCAGCAACCCAGAAAUUUAUCCGGGAUAACUUCCUUGAAUUUGCAGAAUCAGAUCAGUUUUUGAAACUUACGUUUGAGCAAAUUAAUGAACUUCUCAUAGAUGAUGACUUACAGUUGCCUUCUGAAAUAGUAGCAUUCCAGAUUGCAAUGAAAUGGUUAGAAUUUGACCAAAAGAGAGUGAAAUAUGCUGCAGAUCUUUUGAGCAAUAUUCGCUUUGGUACCAUCUCUGCACAAGACCUGGUCAAUUAUGUUCAGUCUGUACCAAGAAUGAUGCAAGAUGCUGACUGUCACAAACUUCUUGUAGAUGCUAUGAACUACCACCUACUUCCAUAUCAUCAAAACACAUUGCAGUCUAGGCGUACGAGAAUCCGCGGGGGCUGUCGAGUCCUUGUCACUGUUGGGGGACGUCCAGGCCUCACUGAGAAAUCCCUUAGUAGAGACAUCUUGUACAGAGACCCUGAAAAUGGAUGGAGCAAGCUUACAGAAAUGCCAGCCAAGAGUUUUAAUCAGUGUGUGGCUGUGAUGGACGGAUUUCUUUAUGUGGCCGGUGGCGAAGACCAGAAUGAUGCGAGAAAUCAAGCCAAGCAUGCAGUCAGCAAUUUCUGCAGAUACGACCCCCGCUUCAACACCUGGAUCCACCUGGCCAGCAUGAACCAGAAGCGCACGCACUUCAGCCUGAGCGUGUUCAACGGGCUCCUUUACGCCGUGGGCGGCCGCAGUCCCGAAGGCAGCCUGGCCUCGCUGGAGUGCUACGUGCCCUCCACCAAUCAGUGGCAGCUGAAGGCGCCCCUGGAGGUGGCGCGCUGCUGCCACGCCAGCGCGGUCGUGGACGGCCGGGUGCUGGUGACCGGCGGCUACAUCGGCAGCGCGUACUCGCGCUCCGUGUGCGCGUACGACCCCACCGGCGACUGCUGGCAGGAGCUGCCGGGCCUGAGCACGCCGCGGGGCUGGCACUGCGCGGUCACGCUGGGCGACAGGGUGUACGUGAUGGGGGGCAGCCAGCUGGGGGCGCGCGGCGAGCGCGUGGACGUGCUGACCGUGGAGUGCUACAGCCCCGCCGCCGGCCAGUGGAGCUACGCGGCGCCGCUGCUGGUGGGCGUGAGCACGGCGGGCGCCUCGGCGCUGCACGGCCGCGCCUACCUGGUGGGGGGCUGGAACGAGGGCGAGAAGAAGUACAAGAAGUGCAUCCAGUGCUUCAGCCCGGAGCUCAACGAGUGGACGGAGGACGACGAGCUGCCCGAGGCCACCGUGGGCGUGUCCUGCUGCACCCUCUCGAUGCCCAACAGCGUGACCCGGGAAUCCCGAGCCAGCUCGGUGUCCUCCGUGCCAGUCAGUAUCUGAACCCAGGUAGAUGCGGGAAGAACAAAUAGGCAUUCGUGGGCAAACUCUGAGUUAGCGGAAAGGAAAAUAUAUAACCCUUACUACAAUGAUUGUCUCUUCGGCCAUACCGAGGCAUAGGUCUUGGUGGUUUUAAAUUCUGGGUAUGUCUUAAUCUACCUCGGUGUCUUUUUUUUUUUUUUUUUUUUUUUU